GUGACCCAGGCUCUGGGUCUGUGUUCGGGUCGGCACCGGGACGGAGACGGGCCGGGCAGACGGGGCUGGAAGUCCCAGCUGGGUGCAGCACAAGACGGCGCACAGCCAGAGCAGAUGUGCACAGACCGGGCACCUUCAGUGAGGGCGGCUCAGCAGGAAGGGUCUUUCACGACGCUGGCUGAAAACAACGCUAGCUGCUUUCCGUCCUGUUUUGUUCAAACAUGCAUCUUUCUCACUCCAAGAAGAUGGCCAGGGCUCUGACGGCGGCGCUUCACUUACUCCCUCGAUGAGGACGCCUGCCAACCCGAGAUUAAUUUAAUAUAUAAAAGACACUCACCUCGUAGAUCUGACAAAAACGUGGUUCAUUUUUCUAGAUCUGGACAAGCAGUGGCAAUCUGAAACAAAACGAUACCUGACUGUUUUAUAGUCCCCUUUCUAUUUGUAAAUUCGUGGCCAGCUUUCAUGAGGAAAGUGUCUCAGCAGUAUGAUUCAUGCUUGUCUUUUCAUCAAACCACCAUGAAAACAGCAGCACUGGUCAAGGAUCAAAGACCCAUUUACCUGGGAAAGAAGUGACGGCCAAUGCCUCACGAGCACAGGGGAGGGCAGGUGUGUCUCAAGGGCUCUGCUCGCCUUGGAGUUUCCUGAGAAUCAGUCCAGAAUUUUCCAAAAUUCCCACGUUUAAAGAGCAAAACAAAUAGUCCAAGUGGUUUUUACAGAGAAACGUAAAAACAGAGGCUUUAUGCAUUACAGAUGGAAUCUGAGAACAACGGCAUUUAUGUGGUUCAAAUUGGGAUUACCUACCAAAGAUGAAUAAAGAACACAACAAAACUAGUAAAAUCCAGUUUAUCCACCCCAGUGAAGCAGAGGUUAUUGAACCCUUUUAAAACAACCGACACCAAGGUCCCGACUCAUCUCUUUCCUCCUUUUUUUUUUUAGCAACUCUAUUUUCAAGCAAUAGGUCAGCGAGCACCUGCUGCUCCGGCAACUUUGAAAACGACCCCUGGCCCCCUCCCAGGAGAGGCAGAAACUCUCCAAGGUGGUCACGAAGGCUCCUCCGCCCCGGUCCUGCCGACGGGGCUGCCCCACAAAGCUGGGGCCACCUUGCCCCUCCCCAGCCGUGAUGCCCGAGACCGCAGACCCUGCCCAGGGUGCCCCGGUCAACGCCGCAGAGCCUCUGGGGAGCGCGCCGAGCAGAGCCUGUGUCAGGCCGAGCGCGUGAGCGGCCACCAGGGCGAGGCAGUCAGAAGCAGAGGUCUGGGGGAGUUGCUCUCCCCAGCCUCCAAGUCACAGCGUUUCUAGGUUGCCAACAGCAGUAGAGAAAUACAUUUGGUUUUACAAUAAUUUGUCACAACAGUGAACGAAAUUCAAAUCUUAUCUCCUAAGACAAUGACCACCUCUACUUCUCACGUUCUCUCAUUCCAUGCUCUGAAAACAGUUCUGUGUCCGGCACCCAAGCUUGGGGCUACAGCCAAAAAUGCUAGACUUCUUUGAUCUGUGUUAUUGCGAGAAGAAGGCUCCGCUCCACGUCUCACCAAGCGUGCUGGGCCCGCUCCCCUCCAGAAAAGGCCGCUUUUCCCCUUCCCGUCUCACUUCUCUUUCAGCAGCUGCCGAAAUAAAACGAUUUCGUCUCCUGACCACAACCCUCCCAAGGCUUCCACGCCCGAGGAGGCUGAACAUCCAGCCGUGCCCCCUCCUAAGCUGCGUCCGGCGGGCCUGAGCACGCGGCACCGUCAGCUCCGCUCAGACCCAGUGGCCCCGGGGCGCCCUCGCGAGAGGACGCGGGGCAUGUUCCGCGGUCGACUCUCCUGCUCCAGCACGGGGCCGGCCGGCCCUCCAAGCGGAGGGGACACGUCCAGGCCUGCCCCGCGCGCUCGUGUGCUGCCCCCGUCCCGCAUCAUCAGCAAGCCCCGGAGCCGCUGAGCUUGACUCCUAUGCUCUUGCUUCCCCAGGUGCCCGGGAGCGAGGGGCUCAGGCGUGGCGUGGACACGGCCGCAGACCCAGAGGCCAGGCAGAAGCACAGGCCAGAGCGCAGGCGCCGACCUCCACCUCCGGUUGCACAGGCGCCCCGGGACCUGCUCCGCUUUUACAGAUGCCUGGCUCACUUCCAAGAGCAUCACCUUUCCUUCUCAAGAUGCAUUUCCUGUUAAAAAACGGUCUCUGGGAGCCUUGCGGCAAAUCCUGAGAGCCCGGCCGUCCCUCCGGGCGCCCGGCCCCAGCAUGGAGACGCGGCCGGGCGCCUACAACGGCUCCCCCACCGGCCUCGGCCUGCCCGGCCCGCUGGCCAACAGCUCGGCCGCGCUCUCGGAGCAGCAGCAGUACGCCAUCGGGCUCUUCCUGUCCUGCCUCUACACCGUCUUCCUCUUCCCCAUCGGCUUCGUGGGCAACCUCCUGAUCCUGGUGGUGAACAUCCGCUUCCGGGAGAGGAUGACCAUCCCCGACCUGUACUUCAUCAACCUGGCGGCCGCGGACCUCGUCCUGGUGGCGGACUCGCUGAUCGAGGUGUUCAACCUGGACAAGCAGUACUACGACAUCACCGCGCUCUGCACCUUCAUGUCGCUCUUCCUGCAGGUCAACAUGUACAGCAGCGUCUUCUUCCUCACCUGGAUGAGCUUCGACCGCUACCUGGCCCUGGCCAAGGCCGUGCGCUGCGGCCCGUUCCGCACCAAGCCCCGCGCGCGGCUGAGCUGCGGCCUCAUCUGGAUGGCCUCCGUGUCCGCCACGCUGGUGCCCUUCACCGCCGUGCACCUGCAGCACAGCGAGGACGUCUGCUUCUGCUUCGCGGACGUCAGGGAGGUGCAGUGGCUGGAGGUCACGCUGGGCUUCGUGGUCCCCUUCGCCACCAUCGGCCUCUGCUACUCGCUCAUCGCCAGGGUCCUGGUGACGGCGCACCGGCCCCGUGGCCUCCGCCCGCGGCGGCAGAAGGCGCUGCGCAUGAUCCUGGCCGUGGUCCUGGUCUUCUUCGUGUGCUGGCUGCCCGAGAACGUCUUCAUCAGCGUGCACCUGCUGCAGCGGGCGCCGCCCGGGGCCGGGCCCUGCCAGCGGUCCCCCCGCCACGCGCACCCGCUGGCCGGCCACGUGGUCAACCUGGCCGCCUUCUCCAACAGCUGCCUCAACCCCCUGGUCUACAGCUUCCUCGGGGAGACCUUCCGAGACAAGCUGCGGCUCUACCUGGAGCAGAAGACCGGCCUGUCUGCCCUGAACCGCUUCUGCCACGCGGCCCUGAAGGCGGUGGUCCCGGACAGCAGCGAGCAGGCCGAGGUGAAGUUCAGCAGUGCCGUGUAGUGGGGGCGGGAAGGGCCGGACACUGUGCCCCGCGCAGCCCUAAGGCACCCUCCCGCCGGCCACUCACACGCAGAGCUGUCCAUCCAUCUGGGUCAGGAGCGCCGGGCGCGGACCCCCGCACACGCCGGAUCCCGCGGCAGAACACCCACCAACGAGAGCGAAAAGGAGGAGGACACUGGGGUGAAGUACCCUCGUUCAAAGCAGACGCGCCACAGAACUCACGCAGCUGGCGUGAACUGGAGGUGGCGGAACGCUUUCCGCGCCUGCGUGCGUGCGUGCGUGCGUGCGUGUGCACCAGGCGCCACGGCUAAGCAGGAGGACGCCGGGCGCCCUGCACCUCCCGGUGCACCUCCUGAAGGGUGGGGUGAAUGCAGCGGUAACAACACGAUGACAACGCAGACCCCUCUCGUCAAAACGUAAAAAAGAAAACCUAAUGAGUCUGGGAAUGUCCAGUCUUUGUCAAUAAAGCACAGCCAUGCCGAUUCCUCCGAGUCCUCCGCCUGAGCAGUGCCCUAAGGGGCCGGGGGGGGGGCACUCAGACCCUCAGCAGCAGGACCACCCCUUCCUGCUCCCCAGCGUCUGGAGGCGCCCUCACUGCCCGGAGGACUCCGGGGACUCCGGCCCAAGCCCCGGACGCUCCUGGCACCUGCACGGGUGCCACCUGCCUGACACGGGUGCCACACGCUCUCUGGGCGCCAGGAUAAUCUCUACUGCAGACGCGCCACACAGCCUCGCUCUUCUAGGGGCUCUGCAGGGCUGGGCCCACCCGCCCUGCCCAGGGCCCCCUCCUCCCCAGAAGCACAACCAAGACGGGACGCGGCUGGCCUCGCCGGGAGGACGGUGAACAAUGUUUAAGUGACAGGAAGUGAGCCGUUUUUAGUUUUAACGUUUCUCGAUGAGUGCAAACCCCCGACAGAGAGUAUCUGUCCCGAGGAAAUAUCUGCGCUCAACAAGCGUCGUCUCCAGUGGCUCAAGCCCCACCGGAGCCUCGCUUUGCACACAGACUCGCAUCUUACAAGCUGCCUGCCUUGCUGGACGUCCAGCCCCGCAACACGACUCGAUGCCACCGUCCGUUGCUGCCCACAAAGGGGAGACAGCCUGCACUGCCUGAGUAUGUUAAGGGUUAAGCCGUGUGGAGUCCAAGAAGCUUCCGCUAACGUGUACUGCAAGUGUCUUCAAUAAAGUUCUCUCUGCUGCCUUACUGCCUAGGAAUUCACAUUUUCUUUUCUUUUCCACAGUGGGAAUCUAAUCAUCUGGGGCGUCUUUUGAUUGUUUUUAAAUCAAAAAUAAAGAGAAAAAGACUUCAGUAAAAACUAUAGCUGAAUUUACUAGGUCAUGCUCCGGCGCUUCAUAAAGCCACGAAGGCCGGUUUUGUCCCUGUGACGAGUCUCUAUGGGGCGCCCAGGGACCUGUGGGGCGGGCAGGGGGGCAUCCCUCACCCACCGCCUCCCCAGGCACCCCCCAGCUCUCUGCAGCACGGAGGAAGGUGCGAGGGCAGAGGGGCGCGGACCGACCGCCGUCUCACCAGGGCGCUGGCACCGGACAGCCUGCUCAGAGCCCCGGGAAACAGGCAUGUCCAGCGACUCCUGUGCCACUUCCUCCCCAGCGACUUCCUAUCUGUGACAGAGCGCCUCCUGAGCCGGGGCACGGCAGCCGCACAGAAGUGCCUCCUCUCCGGCCAGGUGAGGCGUCUGUCUGAACAUCUCCUGCGUCAAUGGUUAUCACGGAGACCUGCCUGCCCAGCACCCUUCUGGGCCGUCACCGAGGCCUGUCUGAAGAUGAUGCUGGCACUUAGCCUCGCAGCUGGGGGGACUCCAGGGACAGUGGAAGCGGGGAGGAGGAGGGCAGAGUCACCUGCGCCAACCCCGCUCCCCACUGAGUGCCCACCAGCCUCCUGGUCAAAGGGGUCUGAGCCUCUGAGCCCACCUUGCCCGCUGGCACAUCCUGCAGGCCCCAGAAGGCCCGAUGCAGCCUGCAUCAACCAGCAGGCCCUCAGGGAAUGGCUGUGGGUCCGCAAGACAGGCAUCCCGAGGAAGCGGGGGCGCCGGCCAUCAGAGCAGGACCCGCCCAGGCUCCUCAAAACCAGGCGCUGAGGCCGACACAGCACCACGAGGCCUGGAGAGCCCAGAAAAGGCUCUCCCGUCCCAGGACGAUCCACGCGCCCCACGGGCACCUGCUGGAGCCUUUGCCUUCAACGCCCAGUUCAGUGUCGUCAGAAAAGGUCAGCUGCUCUGAGUUCAUCUGAUUUUUGCCAUUGUCCAGUGGGUGGGGAUCUCAUCCGGAACAAGGGUUUUAAAGGCCAAAGGAACAGAGAACAAAAGUGGACGAAAACCUGACUGUAAUUCUAAGCCUUUAUAAGUGGGUGGAAUCGAUCUAAAACUUAUCACAAGAAAUCAGCCGUAGGGAGUCCUGGAGAGUCCAGUUAUUAGAAAGGGCGCCGUCCCCGUCUGUCCAGGGGGCUGGUCCCGAGGACGGUGGGCAUGGGACACGAGGUCUCUGAAGAGGGAACAGACCCUUCACGCAGAGCCCGUUCCCCCACUCCUCCGUCUGCCUGGACCCCACUACUGCACUCAUCCACCUCCUGCCGCCCGAGCUCCAGGAGAGGGUGGGCCAUACCCCGGUCUGGACAGGGCUCUGCACGACUCAGGCCCCCUGCACGGGCUGGGCCUCUACAUGGAGCGAGCCUCGGUCCCAUGCUGGGCCGCCCCCCUGGACACAUGUGGGUCCCCCGCCCCCAGGAGACUCGGGCUCUUCCAGGGAGGUCACAACAAACUCCCAGAGCCAACCAGACAGGAGGUGGGCCCCACCCCCUGCUCAGAACAUUCAGUCUUCAGCAGACGGGACGGUUUUCUUUGCCGACUCAACAAUGUAAACCGCCCAGAAAUGAAGAAAAUCACAGCAGCCACGGUUUCAGGUCGCUAGUUUCACCCUUCGCAGAGUCAACAGCAGCGGUUCUUGUCCCUGAGGCCACAGUGCAGAACUCUCCCCAGGGCGGCUGCCGUACCUUCCCUGGGCGUGAAGAGUGGCUUGCAGGGCACGUCCCGCUGAGAAAAUCCAGUGAGGUCCCCCAGAAGUCCCGUCACCCCGCCCUGACAACAGUGGUAACCUCUGCACUGGGCAACAUGUGUAAAAGUCAGCCCCUUAAAGACAUGGAAAAUCGGAAAGGCCGGGGUCUCCCAGACCAAUUUCCGGAAGAAAGCUUUAAAUAGGGGACACGAGUGAUGGAGUGUGAAGCCACCACAGGCCUAGCUGAGAAACGCCCAUUAACAGUUUUUCGAAAGCAGUGGCUGUGGGUGGGGGUGAGGGAGGGGGAAUUGGAUGAAUGCGUCCAACGCGUCCAAGUCCAAGGAGGGGACGCAGAGAGCAGGGAGAGGCCGCUGCGGCGAGUGGGGCGGAGGGCUUGGACCAGGAGGGGAGCACUUGGCGUGGUGAGAGCGGUUGGACCCUGGGUACAUUCUGAAGUCAACAGGACUCAACAAGACUCGCGCAUGGAAGAGAAGUGGGACAUGAGAGACAGAAGGACAGACUCUGUGUGGUUCUACCCGCAAGGUUCUGGGGGAGUCAAGGUCACAGAGACAGAAAGUAGAGGGUGGGGGCCAGGGCUGGGGGAGGGGAGGGGGCGUCUGUGUUUCAUGGGGGCAGAGUCUCAGUUCGGGAAGAUGAGAAAGUUCCGGAGACGGACAGUGGUGAUGGCUGCACAACAGUGAGAGUGUACUUAAUGCCCCUGAACUGGACACUGAAAAAUGGCUAAAGUGGUUGAUUUUAUUACGUUAUGCAUAUUCUACCAGAAUAAAAUUAUAAGGAAUAAAGAGAAGGAUUUUUGCCUGAGCAAUGAUGUUGCCGUUAUUUCUCUGGGGAAGGUGGUGGAUGGAACGCUCGGGGAGAUGGAGACCUGGAUUGCAGGCAGCUAAGUCUGAGGUCAUGGUUAGGCACCCGGGCGGCUGCCGAGGGGCGAGGCUACAGGUGUGGCACACGCCGAAAGUCUGCGUGUGGCAGCGGCACCGAGAGCCAAGAUGCCAAGGCGAGCGCGGGGCAGCGUGGGGAGAGAAGAAGGCUCCUCAUGUGGACGGAGCAGGUGCCAAGGAGCGCGAGAGGGCAGCCUGUGGCUGACAGGGGGCGAGGCCCUCGGUCCACGGCCGGCAAGGAGCUGAUGGGGAGUGAGGGUGGGGUGUGGAAGCAGAUGGUCCCUGCCGAGCCCUCAGGUGAGGCUGCAGCCCAAGGGCUGAACCAGACGGUGCAGAGAGGCCCCACCCAGACCCCCACGCCCGGCUCUUUGAAGCCCCAGAAUUUUGCAGUAAUUUGUUACACAGCAAGAGGUGACUAACAUAUGGGGCUUGACAGCAGAAACGAAGACCUGCAAAUCCCAAGACCUUGCAAUCCCACCCCAGGCCUACACC